AUGGCUGGUCGUCGACGACAUCGCUUUCUCCAAGUGAACAUCAACCACUGCAGAGCGGCUCAAGACCUGCUGGUCCAAACCUUUGCAGAGUGGUUGAUGGACGUGGCGGUUGUAGCCGAGCCAUACUCCGUCCCUGGCAGCUGGCUGGGAGACGACAACGGCUCGGUUGCUUUGCUGACGCGGUCUUCCACGGACUCCCCUCCCCUUUCGCUCUUAGAGAGGGGACAAGGAUACGUGGCCGCUGCGUGGGGAGACAUAGCUCUAAUAGGGGUAUAUUUCUCCCCAAACCGCCCUCUUGCGGACUUCGAGAGCUUUCUCGAGGUCCUCGCCAGGGUGGCAGACAGGGUGGCGCAGAGCUGGGUGUUGGUCGUGGGUGAUUUCAACGCCAAGUCGGUGUUAUGGGGAAGCCGGACCACUGAUGCCCGAGGGCGGGAGGUGGAGACGUGGUCCAUCUCGACCGGUCUGUCCCUCCUAAAUAGAGGGUCAGUACAGACCUGCGUGCGGCGGCAGGGGGGCUCCAUUGUGGACCUCGCCUUUGCCUCCCCCUCUUUGGCGGCCUGUGUGGUAGACUGGAGGGUGGAGCUGGUGGAGACGCUGUCGGACCACCGAUACGUGCGGUCCAGGGCUCCCAGGAGGCUCGUACGGGUCGGUCCCAUUUCCCGCGCUGGGCGUUAUCCCGCCUGGACCGCGUGGCUGCAACGGAAGCGGCCUUUGUUCAGGAUUGGCUGUCGCCUCCAGUUGACAACCGGGAUGUGGACACCACAGCGGUCCAACUAA